AUGGGCGUCGCCAAAAAGACGCGCAAGUUCGCGGCAACGAAACGAGUGAUCGGCCAACGCGAUGCCCGCCUCAAGAAGAACAUCGUUGCGGAAGCAGAGAAACAGCGACAGAAGAAAGCCAAAGGCGACGAGGUGAUACGAGAAAUCCCACAAAUGCCCUCCUCCCUCUUCUUCGCCCACAACACCGCCCUGCAGCCCCCCUACCGCAUCCUCGUCGACACCAACUUCCUCUCCCACACCGUGCACCACAAGCUCCCUCUGCUGUCCACCCUAAUGGACACCCUCUACGCCACAUGCAUACCGACCAUCACCUCCUGCGUCAUGGCCGAGUUGGAGAAACUGGGGCCGAAGUACCGCAUUGCGCUGCAGAUUGCGCGGGAUGAGCGGUGGGAGAGGCUGGAGUGUGAUCACAAGGGGACGUAUGCGGAUGAUUGUCUGGUGGAUCGGGUGAUGAAGCAGAGGAUUUAUUUGGUGGCGACGAAUGAUCGCGACUUGAAGAGGAGGGUGCGCAAGGUGCCCGGGGUGCCGAUUGUGAGUGUUGCGCGGGGGAAGUAUGUGAUUGAGAGGUACGUGCAUAUGACAACCAACAUGACGACGGGGCUGGUUGUCUGGCCGUUGUUGAUGUUUACUGACGAUCGGAUGCAGACUACCGGAUGCGCCCGAGAAAUGAGCUUGCGAGGAACGACGGCAAGUACAGAUCUUUCGUGGGCUUAG